GCCCGCGGCUGUGACAAGGGACACCUGCCGGGCGCGGCUGCCGGGGGUCCCGCGGGGAGACGCGCGCGGAGCCAGCGACCGCGGACCGGCGGGCGGGCCUGACGCGUCGUGGCGCUCGCCGUCUCGCUCCGGGGCCAGAGUGAGCUCCGUUGCUUGGGUGCCUCCGAAAGGCAGUCGGCCCCGCCACCGCCGCCGCCGCCGCCCGAUGGCGCGGCUGCGGGAUUGCCUGCCCCGCCUGAUGGUCACGAUCCGGUCCCUGCUCUUCUGGUCCCUGGUCUACUGCUACUGCGGGCUCUGCGCCUCCAUCUACCUGCUCAAACUUUUGUGGAGCAUCGGCAAGGGACCCGCGCAGACCUUCCGGCGGGUGGCCCGGGAACACCCUCCCGCGUGCUUGAACGACCCCUCUCUGGGUACCCACUGCUACGUGCGGAUCAAGGAUUCAGGGUUAAGAUUUCAUUAUGUUGCUGCUGGAGAAAGAGGCAAACCACUUAUGCUGCUGCUUCAUGGAUUUCCAGAAUUCUGGUAUUCCUGGCGUCACCAACUAAGGGAAUUUAAAUGUGAAUAUCGAGUUGUAGCACUGGAUUUGAGAGGCUAUGGAGAAACAGAUGCUCCCAUUCAGCGAGAGAAUUAUAAAUUGGACUGUCUAAUUACAGAUAUAAAGGAUAUUUUAGACUCUUUAGGGUAUAGCAAAUGUGUUCUUAUUGGCCACGACUGGGGGGGCAUGAUUGCUUGGCUAAUUGCCAUCUGUUAUCCCGAAGUGGUGGUGAAGCUUAUUGUUAUAAACUUCCCUCAUCCAAAUGUAUUUACAGAAUAUAUUUUACGACACCCUGCCCAGCUGUUCAAAUCCAGCUAUUAUUACUUCUUCCAAAUACCAUGGUUCCCAGAAUUUAUGUUCUCAAUAAAUGAUUUCAAGGCUUUGAAACAUCUGUUUACCAGUCACAGUACUGGCAUUGGAAGAAAAGGAUAUCAAUUAACAACAGAAGAUCUUGAAGCUUAUAUUUAUGUAUUUUCCCAGCCUGGAGCAUUAAGUGGUCCAAUUAACCAUUACCGAAAUAUCUUCAGCUGCCUGCCUCUCAAACAUCACCUGGUGGCCACGCCAACACUACUACUGUGGGGAGAGAAAGACGCAUUCAUGGAGGCUGAGAUGGCUGAAGUCACAAAGAUCUAUGUUAAAAACUAUUUCAGGCUAACUAUUUUGUCAGAAGCCAGUCAUUGGCUUCAGCAAGAACAACCUGACAUAGUGAACAAAGUGAUAUGGACAUUUCUAAAAGAAGAAACAAAAAAAAAAGAUUGACUUUUCUAUAUCUUCUGUGAGGGGAUCUGUAGUAAAAUCUCUAAAUAAUAUUUUUAAAUUGUUCAUCAACUUCUUUAAGCUUCAUUAGGAAAAAUUUGUUUUAACAUUCUUUGUCAUAAAUAAAUAUCCUCACAAAUGGUACUGAGAAUGUGUGAACUUAUAAUAUGAUGUUGAUUUUCUUAUGUUGUGUUUUACACUGCCUUAAAAAGUAUACACCUGUACAAAAAAGAAGUGAAGUGGCUCAGUUUUGAUUUCUUGUGUUCCUUACCCUGUUAACAU